GUUUGUCCCAGGACGCAUCUACAGUCACACACUUCAGGAUGUCAGCCACCGGACUUUUGCUGUUGGGCGUGGUGGCGGCGGUGGGCGGGGCCAACGUGUUCCCCGAGCCCCGUCUGGACACGCUGCCCUGCGGAACCACCACCAUGAACCCCGGCGAGCGAGUGGCCAUCCAGUCGCCCAACUUCCCCCAAAACUACGAUACGAGCUACAGGUGCCAGUACGAGAUCACCUGCAACCCCAUGGAGUCCACCUACCUGGAGUUCAUCUGUCCUUCCUUCGAACUGGAAUCCUCCACCGACUGCCUCAAUGACCGCCUGGUGGUCACUUACCAUGGCUCUCGCGAAGAGAAAUGCGGCACCGACAGUCCCGACGGAACCAUCACCUCCGACGGGUGGACGCGCCUCACCUUCGCCAGCAACGCCGCCACCACCGCCCCUGGCUUCCGCUGCUACAUCUGGUGCCGCGAACAGACCACCACGACCUCCACCACCACUUCAACCACAACCACAUCUACCACUACUACUACCCCAACUACCACUACUACAACUACAACGCCAACUACCACUACCCCCACCACAACUACGCCAACUACCACCACACCAACAACAACACCUACCACUCCAACCAUACUCUAUGUUGGACCUUUUCGCCUCUUGAAGGACAUCUCGCGGUCGACAUGCGCACUAGCGCCAUUUUAUGCUGGUUUGUCCCAGGACGCAUCUACAGUCACGCAUUUCAGUAUGUCAGUAACCGGACUUUUGCUGUUGGGCGUGGUGGCGGCGGUGGGCGGGGCCAACGCGUUCUCUGAGCGUGCUCUGGAGACGCUGCCCUGCGGAACCACCACCAUGAACCCCGGCGAGCGAGUGGCCAUCCAGUCGCCCAACUUCCCCCAAAACUACGACACGGACUACAGGUGCCAGUACGAGAUCACCUGCAACCCCAUGGAGUCCACCUACCUGGAGUUCAUCUGUCCUUCCUUCGAACUGGAAUCCUCCACCGACUGCCUCAAUGACCGCCUGGUGGUCACUUACCAUGGCUCUCGCGAAGAGAAAUGCGGCACCGACAGUCCCGACGGAACCAUCACCUCCGACGGGUGGACGCGCCUCACCUUCGCCAGCAACGCCGCCACCACCGCCCCUGGCUUCCGCUGCUACAUCUGUGUGCGCGAACAGACCACCACGACCUCCACCACCACUUCAACCACAACCACAUCUACCACUACUACAACGCCACUACAACACCCCCACCACAACUACGCCAACCACCACCACACCAACCACUCCAGACUGUUAGAUUAUGCAUGUUUCCGUAGGCCUACAUCUACUCCUACAGCAACCAAAUGCAUAAUAUAUAUAUAUUCUACCCUUAAUGCAGUCAAAUGCAGGUUCAUCGAUGGCUAUACAAGAGAUGUGCAGCUAAGAAAAUAUGAUUCAGUCUAUUGGAAAGGGAUUAUUGAAUAUGAUCUUUAUACAGAAUAUAAGCAUAUGCGCGGUUUCCCGUGGGUGGUAUAA